UCCCACUCUCACACUCUCUCUCUCUAUCUGCUCGAAUUUGAAUCGCUAAAAGAUGAGGAUUUCAGAAUCAACGGAGUGGGAAGUCGGAAUCACGGAUCGUUUUCCGUGUCCCUCUGUCAAAUUCCACGAUACCUGAGCAUCCAAUUCUAAAUUCUCUCCCACCUUUUCUUCUUUUAUUAAUAUUAUUCUCCAAAAUUCAAAACCCACACAAAAAUCUCCGUAAUUUCGCGGAUUUUUUUAGGCUCUCAUUGCUUCAACCUGAGCCGCCGCCAUGGCCGCCGCCGGUAACCGCCCUUCCGGCUCAUCACAGGCUCCAGCUCCUCCUCCUCCUCCUCGUCUCCACCAGUUUGAUCUCAUUGACCGCAUGCAACUUCAGAUUAAUGUCUCGGGUUCUUCGAAAGGACGCAAUGCAAGACUUGAAUUUCAGCUCAGCAACUGCCCCAGCACUUGGGUUCUUCACUGGGGUUGCAUUCUCCGUGGAAACAAGAACUGGUUCGUUCCCGCUGAUCGCUCUUCCGGUUCACAAGCUUACAAGCAAGGCGCAUUGCAGACACAAUUCACUAAGUUGCAGAAAGGAGAAUUGUAUUUGUUAACCAUUGAGUUGCGGGACCCCAACGUACAUGCUAUUGAAUUUGUACUUAAAGAUGGCAGUCGCGAGAGAUGGUUGAAAAUGAAUCACGGGAACUUCCGUGUAGAAAUCCCUGAGACUGAUCCAACUACUUUAAGUCCCGCAAUACCAAAAGAGCUGAUUGAACAGAAAAGCAAGGGCAGGCCCAUGAGCUCGCCACAACAAGAAAAGGAAGAUUACAAGGAUACUUUAAUAGGGCUACAAAGUCAGAUAUCAAAGGGAAUAUCCUUUAAUGAGUUGCAGCAUAGUUUUUCAACCUCCAGUCCUAGAAGAAUGGUUGAUAAUGGAGAGAAACUGAGGAGUGGUAUGCCAUACUCGUACAAAAGGAAACAUAAUGUUGAGCAGUGGUUGCAAAAGCAUUCAACAGCACCUGCCAAAAACGCUAGUAUGCCAAAUUCAGCUCUCGUGGAUCUUGUAGAAAAAUCUAUGGGAGGAGACAAUGUGGUCUCACGGAUAACUUAUCAAAUUGGCAACUAUGACAUAGUGGUCCUUUCAAAAAUGGAUAGGGGUGACUUUCACAUAUUGGUUGCUACAAAUAUGAGAGGUGAUACAGUUCUUCACUGGGGUGUUUCCAAAUGUUCCCCCGGGGAUUGGUUGGCUCCUCCACCAGAGAUAUUGCCUAAAAAAUCAAAUUUAGUUCCUGGAGCAUGUCAGACUUAUUUUACAGAAAUAUCAACUGGAAAGGGUUCCUUUCAGAUUGUAGAUAUUAAUCUUCAGCAAAGCAAUUUGGUGGGUAUCCAAUUUGUGAUAUGGUCUGGUGGGUCUUCUUGGAUAAAAAACAACGGAGCAAACUUCUUUGUAGGCGUGAGUCGCGUGACACCAGUGACUUCUACUGCAAAGGCUAGUGGGAAUGGCGAUGGAAUCUGCAAAUGGUUACUUGAUGAAAUAUCUCGAAGAGAAAAGGAGGCCGAGAGAUCGUUGAUGCACAGAUUCAAUAUUGCAACGGAACUCACAGAACGCUGCAAAAGUGAAGGGGAGUUCGGGCUUGUUGGUAUAUUGGUAUGGUUGAGGUUCAUGUCAUGCAGGCAUUUAACAUGGAACAAGAACUACAAUGUGAAACCUCGUGAAAUUAGUGAAGCUCAGGAUAGGUUUACCAAUCUGCUACAAAGAAUAUAUUUAAACCAGCCUAAUGAUCGGGAAAUUGUGAGAUUACUAAUGACACAUGUUGGUCGUGGAGGUCAGGGAGAUGUUGGACAGAGAAUUAGAGAUGAAAUACUUGUGAUUCAGAGAAAUAAUGACUGUAAGGGUGGCAUGAUGGAGGAAUGGCACCAAAAGUUGCACAAUAAUAGUAGCCCAGAUGAUGUGAUAAUUUGUGAGGCGCUCUUAAAUUUCAUCAAGUCUGGUUUUAGAGUUGAUGUUUAUUGGAAAACAUUAAAUGCCAAUGGUCUCACAAAAGAUAAACUUGCAAGUUAUGACCGCCCAAUUGUGUCAGAGCCGGAUUUCAGGGCUGAUACUAAGGAGGGACUCAUCCGUGACCUCACAGCAUACUUGAAGACAUUAAAGGCUGUUCAUUCAGGUGCUGACCUUGAAUCAGCUAUUGAAGUUUUGGUUCCCUCAAAUGAGAGUCGUAAUUUCUCAAGCAUGGUUGGAGUUAAUUAUGUUUGUGAUUUGUCACCUAGGUUGCAGGAGUGCCUGAACUUUGUCAAAGCACAUGUUGGUGAUGAAGACAUUGUUCCACUAAUGGAGAAGUUACUAGAAUCUCGAAUUGAGCUACGCCCUGUUCUAAUCACCAACCACAGAAGAUUGAAAGAUAUACUCUUCCUUGAUAUUGCUUUGGAUUCAGCUGUCAGAACAACCAUGGAGAGGGGACUGAAAAAUCUGAACUCUGGACACCCACCAGAGAUUAUGUUCUUCAUUUCCUUGGUGCUCGAAAAUUUAUGUCUGUCAACGGUUGACAAUGAAGACCUCAUUUACUGUACCAAGGACUGGUACCGUACCUGCGAAUUGUACAAACCCAAUGAUGGUCAGUGGGCUUUACAAACAAAGGCCAUUCUUGAUAGAUUACAAUUAGUACUUGCUGAGAGGUCUCAGUGUUACCAGAAGAAGAUCCAGCCCAGUGCAAAAUAUCUUGGCAAUUUGCUUGGUGUUCAGAAAUCGCCGAUCGAUACUUUCUCUGAGGAGUUAAUAAGGGCUGGAUCAGCAGCUAUUCUGUCUACCCUCAUUAAUCGCUUUAACCCCAUUCUUAGAAAAGCUGCAAACUUGGGCAGUUGGCAGAUUAUCAGCCCAGUAGAAGUGUCAGGAUUCUUACAUUCUGUUAGUGAGCUCAUUAGUAUUCAGAACAAAGUCUAUAAAAAGCCAACCGUUUUAAUUGCAACUAGAGUAACGGGAGAAGAGGAGAUUCCAGAUGGAGUUGUUGCUGUUCUGACACCUGAUUUACCAGAUGUUUUAUCUCAUGUCUCUAUAAGAGCAAGAAAUGACAAGGUAUGCUUUGCCACAUGCUUUGAUCCGAAUAUUAUCAGAGAUCUCAAGUUGAAGGAAGGCAAACCAAUAUCAAUACAAGUGAAGUCGGCAAAUAUUAUUAUCAGUCACAUCAGUAGCUCCAAUCUUUCUUACAAGUCAUUUGCCACUCAGUCCUCCAAUCAUCCAGGAUUAACGCUAAAAAAGAAGGCCUUCUGUGGUAAAUAUGCUGUCUCAAUUCAGGAGUUCACUAGUGAGGUGGUUGGUGCAAAAUCUUUCAAUAUAAAAGUUUUGAGAGAAAGGGUGCCAACAUGGAUUAAAAUUCCAAUGUCAGUAGCCAUACCGUUUGGAGCCUUUGAGAAAGUCCUACUGGAAGAUGUUAAUAAGGAUAUAGCAAAUAAGAUUUCCUCAUUUUACAAAUGUGUAAAGAGCGGAGACCUCUCAAAACUUCAAGCAAUACGAGACACUAUUCUACAAAUGAAUGCUCCUAUUUCAUUGAUCCAUGAGCUUAAGAGCAAAAUGAAAAGUUCAGGAAUACCUUGGCCUGGUGAUGAAGGUGGCGAGAGGUGGACUCGUGCUUGGCAAGCAAUAAAGAAGGUUUGGGCUUCAAAGUGGAAUGAAAGAGCAUUUCUUAGUUGUAGGAAAGCUAACUUAGAUCAUGAAAAUAUAUGCAUGGCUGUACUGAUUCAAGAAAUUAUUUGCGCUGAUUAUGCUUUUGUAAUUCACACGAAGAAUCCCCUAUCAGGGGAUACCUCAGAGAUAUAUACAGAGAUAGUUAAGGGCUUGGGAGAGACUUUGGUGGGUGCAUAUCCCGGACGUGCCUUGAGCUUCAUUACCAAAAAAUCAAAUCUAAAUUCUCCUGUUGUUACUGGUUAUCCAAGCAAGCCAAUAGGAUUAUAUAGCAAGCAGUCUAUCAUAUUCAGAUCAGACUCAAAUGCCGAGGACCUGGAAGGAUAUGCAGGUGCUGGGCUUUAUGACAGUGUGAUCAUGGAUAAGGAGGAGAAGAUUGUAUUGGAUUACUCGAGAGAUCGCUUGAUUAUUGAUAGACCCUUCCAAGUCUCAGUCUUGUCGAGAAUUGCAGAGGCGGGAAGGAUAGUAGAAGGCAUUUACGGUCAUCCUCAGGACAUUGAAGGGGUGGUAAAAGAUGGAGUGAUCUAUGUGGUUCAGUCAAGGCCACAAAUCUAGGGUUCUUAACCAGACUUGAUUUUCAAAUUUUAUUUAUGCUGAAACCAUUACAUUCUGAAUGUAGAUGAAAGGGCAAACUUAUGAUCCUACUGUCACCAACUAAAAUAAAAUUGACGUUCCUUUGGAUUUUCA